CGCGCGCGCACUUGGACUUCGGGACGGCGGCUGCGAGCGACCCCCGUGAGCACAAGCCCCUUGGGGUCGUGCAAGUUCAGAGUCAGGGCGGCGGGAACCGGGAGAAGCGAUCGGGAGCCCCGGUGGAAGGGAGCAGAAGAAGCACCGGAGAGGAGAGAGGGGCGCGCCGGAUAGCCUGGUACCCGAGCGGGGCGCCGGGCAUCCAUCGCGUUCCGAGUGCCCUAGCGGCUCCGUGGCUGCCGCUGCCCCCACGGAGGGCACGGGCUGGCUCGGUCGGACGCCCGGGAGGACGGCGGCAAGGAGGAGGCGGCGGCGGAGGAGGAGACGGCGGCGGCCAGGCUGGGGCCAGGGAGAGAGCCCCGAGGGAGAGGCGCCCGAGCCGGGCAUCGGGAGCAUGUGGGCCCGGGGCGCGCUGCUGCUGUUGGCGCUGCUGCUCUGCUGGCAUCCAACGCCCAGCUUAGCAGGUACGGGGACGGGCGGCCAGGUGCUCCCGGACUCCUUCCCCUCGGCGCCCGCCGAGCCGCUGCCACACUUCCUGCUCGAGCCGCAGGACGCCUACAUCGUGAAGAACAAGGCCGUGGAGCUGCGCUGCCGCGCCUUCCCCGCCACGCAGAUCUACUUCAAGUGUAACGGGGAGUGGGUCAGCCAGAGCGACCACGUCACGCAGGAAAGCGUGGACGAGGCCACAGGCCUGCGGGUGCGAGAGGUGCAGAUCGAGGUGUCUCGGCAGCAGGUGGAGGAGCUCUUUGGGUUGGAGGACUACUGGUGCCAAUGUGUGGCCUGGAGCUCCGCGGGCACCACCAAGAGUCACAGGGCCUACGUCCGCAUAGCCUACCUGCGCAAGAACUUUGACCAGGAGCCGCUGGGGAAGGAAGUGCCCCUGGACCACGAGGUGCUGCUGCAGUGCCGCCCACCGGAGGGGGUGCCUGUGGCCGAGGUGGAAUGGCUCAAGAAUGAGGAUGUCAUCGACCCCACCCAGGACACCAACUUCCUUCUCACCAUCGACCACAACCUCAUCAUUCGCCAGGCUCGACUGUCAGACACGGCCAACUACACCUGCGUGGCCAAGAACAUCGUGGCUAAGCGCCGGAGCACCACAGCCACCGUCAUCGUCUUCGUGAACGGAGGCUGGUCCAGCUGGGCAGAGUGGUCGCCCUGCUCCAACCGCUGUGGACGAGGCUGGCAGAAGCGCACACGGACCUGCACCAACCCGGCUCCCCUUAACGGAGGUGCCUUCUGUGAGGGCCAGGCCUUCCAGAAGACAGCCUGUACCACUGUGUGCCCAGUGGACGGCGCGUGGACCGAGUGGAGCAAGUGGUCGGCCUGCAGCACCGAGUGCGCGCACUGGCGCAGCCGCGAGUGCAUGGCGCCCCCGCCGCAGAACGGGGGCCGGGACUGCAGCGGGGCGCUGCUCGACUCCAAGAACUGCACGGACGGGCUGUGCAUGCAGAAUAAGAGAACUCUAAGCGAUCCUAAAAACCACCUUGCGGAGGCCUCGGGAGACGUGGCGCUGUACGCGGGCCUCGUGGUGGCCGUCUUCGUGGUCGUCGCUGUCCUCAUGGCCGUGGGGGUGGUCGUGUACCGCCGCAACUGCCACGACUUUGACACCGACAUCACCGACUCCUCGGCCGCCCUCACUGGUGGCUUCCACCCCGUCAACUUCAAGACUGUGAGGCCCAGCAAUCCACAACUCCUGCAUCCGUCUGUCCCUCCCGACCUGACGGCCAGCGCGGGCAUCUACCGCGGGCCCGUGUACGCCCUGCAGGACCCGGCCGACAAGAUCCCCAUGACCAACUCACCACUUCUGGAUCCCCUGCCCAACCUCAAGAUCAAGGUCUACAGCUCCGGCACCGCUGGCUCCGGGUCCGGCCUGCCUGACGGGACCGACCUCCUGGGCGUCUUGCCAUCCGGCACAUACCCCGGCGAGUUCUCCCGGGAUGCCCACUUCUUGCACAUGCGCAGCGCCAGCCUCAGCUCCCAGCAGCAGCUCCUGGGCCUGCCACGAGACCCGGGCAGCAGCGUCAGUGGCACCUUUGGCUGCCUGGGUGGGAGGCUGAGCAUUCCCAACACAGGGGUCAGCCUGCUGGUGCCCCAUGGAGCCAUUCCCCAGGGCAAGUUCUACGAGAUGUACCUACUUAUCCACAAGGCUGAAAACACCCUCCCACUUUCGGAAGGGACCCAGACAGUAUUGAGCCCUUCGGUGACCUGCGGGCCCACGGGCCUUCUCCUGUGCCGCCCCGUCAUUCUCACCGUACCCCACUGUGCCGAAGUCAGCGCUGGCGACUGGAUCUUCCAGCUCAAGACCCAGGCCCACCAGGGCCACUGGGAGGAGGUGGUGACCCUGGAUGAGGAGACCCUGAACACUCCCUGCUACUGCCAGCUGGAAGCCAGGUCUUGCCACAUCCUGUUGGACCAGCUGGGCACCUACGUGUUCACGGGCGAGUCCUACUCCCGCUCAGCGGUCAAGCGGCUCCAGGUGGCCAUCUUCGCCCCUGCUCUCUGUACCUCUCUAGAAUACAGCCUCAGGGUCUACUGCCUGGAGGACACACCCAUAGCAUUGAAGGAGGUGCUGGAGCUGGAGCGGACCCUGGGUGGCUACCUGGUGGAAGAGCCCAAGGCCCUGCUGUUUAAGGACAGUUACCACAACCUGCGCCUCUCCCUCCAUGACCUCCCCCAUGCCCACUGGAGGAGCAAACUGCUGGCUAAGUACCAGGAGAUCCCCUUCUGUCACAUCUGGAGCGGUAGCCAGAAGGCCCUGCAUUGCACUUUCACCCUGGAGCGGCACAGCCUGGCUUCCACGGAGCUCACCUGCAAGGUCUGCGUGCGGCAGGUGGAAGGAGAGGGCCAGAUCUUCCAGCUGCGCACCACGCUGUCCGAGACCCCGGCCGGCUCCCUGGACGCUCUCUGCUCUGCCCCUGGCAACGCUGCCACCACCCAGCUGGGACCCUAUGCCUUCAAGAUUCCACUGUCCAUCCGCCAGAAGAUCUGCAACAGCCUCGACGCCUCCAACUCACGGGGCAACGACUGGCGGCUGUUGGCACAGAAACUGUCCAUGGACCGGUACCUGAAUUACUUCGCCACCAAAGCAAGUCCCACGGGCGUGAUCCUAGACCUCUGGGAAGCUCAGCAGCAGGACGACGGGGACCUCAACAGCCUGGCCAGUGCCUUGGAGGAGAUGGGCAAGAGUGAGAUGCUGCUGGCCAUGGCCACGGACGGGGACUGCUGAGUGCACACGGCCCGGCCAGGCCGGCCAGCGGGGACCAGUCGGAGGUGGUGCCAGGAAGGCCCGGACAGCCUCCUUCUAGAAGUGUCUGGCUCUACCGGCCCUGGCUCACAGCUGAGUGGCCCCCUGUCCCCUCCUGCUCCUCACCCUACCCCCAGACCACCACCAGCCUUAGGAAGCCUCCGUGCUCUGCCGUUGACCGGCCCAGUGUCGCUCGAACCCCACAAUCUCCUCUGGACUGAGGCCCCUGGGGACUGUGUGGGGACAGGACCCCCCCACACCGUCCUCAGCCUUGUGGCUUUGGAGAGCCACGGGUCGCAGUUCCCCUCCCCCAGCCUCUUUGGCUUUCUCACUCUCCUUCCCUCCUUGAAGAGUCGGAUUCAGUUCUGUUUUCUCCUGUCAAGCAAAAAAAGAAAAAAAAAAGAGAAAGAAAGAAAGAAAAAGGAAAGAAAGAAGGAAAAGAAUGGAAGAGAGCUUCAGAUGUUAGUGGGG